AGAGAGAGAGAGAGAGAGAGAGAGAGAGGGAGGGAGGGAGGAAGGCCAUUCGUAUAAUUAAUUCAUGUCUCCACCAAAGACAGCGCGAAUAGUUUAGGAAGACAGGCAGAUAAAUCCCACAGACCCAUCGAUUGUAUCAUCUUCUCCACCUCUUGGUGUGCGUGUGCGUGUGCGUGCUUUAUACAUACACUCGCUCUUACGUUGUUCUUGCCGUUCUUUAUCUUGUUCUUGCGGUGGUGCGGUGGUUACAGAGAGAGAGAGAGAGAGAGAGAGAGAGAGAGAGAAGAGAGGAUGGGGAGGGGGAGGGUGCAGCUGAAGAGGAUAGAGAACAAGAUAAACAGGCAAGUGACGUUCUCGAAGCGGAGAUGUGGGCUGCUGAAGAAGGCCCACGAGAUCUCCGUCCUCUGCGACGCUGAGGUCGCCCUCAUCGUCUUCUCCACCAAGGGCAAGCUGUUCGAGUACGCCACCGACUCUUGCAUGGAGAGGAUCCUCGAGCGUUAUGAGAGAUAUUCAUAUGCAGAGAGCCAGAUUCUUACAAACGAUGCUCAAGCCAAUGGGAACUGGGCUUUGGAACAUGCAAAACUCAAGGCCAGGAUGGAGAUUUUGCAGAAAAAUCAAAAGAAUCUGAUGGGAGAAGAACUUGAUUCUUUAAGCCUCAAAGAGCUUCAGAAUUUGGAGCACCAGCUUGAGACAGCUCUUAAGCACAUUCGAUCGAGAAAGAACCAAGCCAUGCAUGAAUCCAUCUCUGAGCUUCAGAGAAAGGAUAAGGCGCUGCAGGAACAAAACAACCUGCUGGCAAAGAAGGUGAAAGAGAAGGAGAAGGCACUGGCACAGCAAACUCAAUGGGAGAACCAGCAAGAUAAUGCCCUCACCUCUUCCUCGGUUAUUCUCUCUCAAUCUUUGCAGCCUCUCAACAUUGGGGGUCCUUACCAUGCAACUGGAAUUGAGGAGGGAACAGCUCUUGGUCCACCCCAACAUCGCAAUGCCACUCUUCUCCCUUCAUGGAUGCUUAGCCACCUCGAAGAAUAAUGUUGGAACUUAAAUUUGAUAUAUGCACCGUGCGUAAUUAAUAUCAUCUAAUGUUUGUUAUCGUGUAUAUCCGGUCGAUGUGUAACUAUAACUAUAACAUAUCUUAAGUACAUUUGCACUGUGGGGGUACUUACGAAGCCCCAUUUAUGUCAUAUUAAUCGAAAGAGGAUCUGUACUGGGGACA